UCGAGACUCACUUUCCGAAUUCCCAAUACUCCAACCGGCAGCCACUCCGGUUUGCCCAAUCAGCCUGUUUCCCAGCGUGGUUGACCCGUUUAAGGCACACCAUGUGCGCUUGCCCUUGUUCAGGAAGGAGUCAACCACCUCAGACGAAUGGCCCUGAAUCUUGCCCAGCUCCUGGUUCCCAGGGCGGACCUGGUGGUCGUGGAGGUGGCGCUGGUGCUGGUGCUGGUGCUGGUCCUACCCCAAAGCGAGGACCGUGUGGUCCCAAGCCUUGUGGCGGAACAAAGUGCACUAAGUGCGGUAAAGGUGGCCCUGGAGGAAGGGGUGGCCCUGGAGGAAGAGGUGGUCCCGGAGGAAGAGGUGGUCCCGGAGGCAGAGGGUCUCCCGAUGGCGGGGGUGGAGGCGGAGGACCGUUGGGCCUAAGGGCCCCACCAAAUAAUCGAGGCCCCAAGGCUCUGGGACUGGCUGCUCUGCUCUUUGCCUUCGGCGUCUUCCUCACAUUGAAAAUGGGUCUUGUGGCCAGUGAAAUUGGAUGAGCGCACACAAGACAGUAUGGGGCCCGGCUAUGAUCUCCAAUGCGGAGUUAGUUCAAGAUCAUUUAAAAGGCGUUGCGUUGGGAAAAAUAAAUUCUAAAUUGCGUAUUUAGCA